UACCCAUGUGAAAUCCAUCGCUUAAGAACUUGGGACUCUGCUCUCCGGCCCAUUUUAUGCAAAACCUUGCAGUGUACUCGCCUACUCAGCUCAGCAAUCAGCCAAUCAGCAGGUAGAAGAAGAGGAACAAUUUCAUUCGAGAUUCCAGUGCGCUGUGAUUCCCAUUUUCCCAGGAAUCAGAUUCACUGAAAUUAAAUAACCAAAUCUGGUGAUUAUUAGAGAAAACCCAAUUUUGAGAUAGUGAUAAAUAAAUACAUGAAGUAGGAGAAGCUGCCUCCUCCAUGGCAUCAGCUCCUUCCAAGCUCUAUGCAGAUGAUGUUAGCCUUGUGGUGGUUUUGCUAGACACUAACCCAUUUUUCUGGAGCUCCUCUUCUCUCUCUUUCCUUCAGUUUCUUUCCCAUGUUCUUUCAUUUUUGAAUUCAAUAUUGACCCUUAAUCAACUAAACCAAGUUGUGGUUAUUGCUACUGGAUAUAAUUCUUGUGACUAUAUCUUUGAUUCGUCUCUGGAUUUGAAACGGAGUUUAGAGAAUGGGAGAAUGCCUGUUAUGUGCUCCAGCUUGUUGCAAAAGUUAGAGGAAUUUUCUUUUAAAGACGAGCAGUUAAGCAAGGAGGAACCUGAGGGAAGAAUUAAGUGUUCUCUCUUGUCAGGUUCAUUGUCAAUGGCUCUUUGUUAUAUACAGAGAGUCUUUCGUUCAGGAGCCCUCCAUCCACAUCCCAGAAUCUUAUGCUUGCAGGGAUCACCAGAUGGACCUGAACAAUAUGUUGCAAUCAUGAAUGCAAUAUUCUCUGCCCAACGCUCUGUGGUUCCUAUAGAUUCUUGUUAUAUGGGUGCUCAGAAUUCUGCCUUCCUGCAGCAGGCUUCUUACAUAACUGGUGGUGUACACCAUAAGCCUCAAAAUUUGGAUGGGCUAUUUCAAUAUCUCAUGACUAUUUUUGCUGCUGAUCUGCAUUCUCGCAGUUUCUUACAUCUUCCAAAGCCCGUUGGUGUAGAUUUUCGUGCCUCAUGUUUUUGCCAUAAAAAUACCAUUGACAUGGGCUACAUAUGUUCUGUAUGUUUGUCAAUUUUCUGCAAGCAUCACAAGAAAUGUUCGACCUGUGGGUCAGUAUUUGGUCAGGCUCAAUCCGAGGCGGCUUCAGCAUCUGACAAAAAGAGAAAGACUCCAGAAACAUAAAUUUAAGUAAGGAGGAUACAAAAGUUUCAUCAUCUAUUGAAUUUUGUGAUUCGAGCACACGGCAAAGGAGGGGGCAAUACAUUGGGUGACCAGAAAUUCACCUCCUCCUACCAUGAAUUCAGAAGAGUUGGACAGGUUUGAGAUAAGAUUUGACUACAUACAAGGGCAUGCCUUCUUUCCUCUUGUUAUUUCUACUUUUCCUCCACCAAGCAGUUGAAGCUAAAAUCAGCGGCAAGGAUGCUUUAUUAUUUAUACAAACAUUUACUCUUGUUAAAUCUGCAGUUUUAGGAACUAAGAAAGAAGAAAAAAUACUAGUCAUUACAGCUUUCAUGGGGGCCUUUUCCCAACUUUAUUUUACAAAUAUUCUUGUGACAACCUGUUAAAUUUUGGGAAAUGCUAAUCUUUUUGCAACUCCAUUUAAUUUUUAGAGGGCGUUUGUUUG